ACUCGGAAAUUGAAUGCAAUUUUUGUUACAUCAGUCCUCUCCCGGUCUGUGGUAAUAGGAAACAAAGCACUUCAAGUUGAAGUUUAUAACGUUUGCUUUGCUGGCUUUUUUUCUCUCCACCAGGCCCUCAUUUCAGUAUUCUGCAACCUCUUUAGGGGACUUAAGUUAACUUUUUUUUUCCCCUCCCCCCUCUUUUCUUUGAAUGCAUUGAAGGUUGGAGUCAGAGGGAAGGACAUCGUUGUUCUCGGCGUGGAGAAGAAGUCUGUGGCAAAACUUCAGGAUGAAAGAACUGUACGGAAGAUCUGCGCCCUGGAUGACAACGUCUGCAUGGCUUUUGCAGGGCUCACAGCUGAUGCCAGAAUAGUUAUAAACAGAGCUCGUGUUGAAUGUCAGAGCCACAGACUCACCGUGGAGGAUCCGGUCACCGUGGAAUACAUCACACGUUACAUCGCCAGCCUGAAGCAGAGGUACACUCAAAGCAACGGUCGCAGACCUUUUGGUAUCUCUGCUCUGAUCGUGGGAUUUGACUUUGAUGGAACCCCCCGGCUGUACCAGACCGAUCCCUCUGGCACGUACCAUGCUUGGAAGGCUAAUGCCAUUGGCAGAGGAGCUAAAUCUGUACGUGAAUUCCUGGAGAAAAACUACACUGAUGAAGCCAUCGAAACAGAUGAUCUGACUAUUAAGCUUGUCAUCAAGGCUCUUCUUGAGGUUGUGCAGUCUGGGGGAAAGAACAUCGAGCUGGCUGUUAUGAGAAGAGAUCAGCCCCUGAAGAUUCUAAGCCCUGAAGAAAUUGAGAAGUAUGUUGCUGAAAUUGAAAAAGAGAAGGAAGAAAAUGAAAAGAAAAAACAGAAGAAGACAUCAUGAUGAACCAAAUUCAGCGCUUUAGCUGCUUCUUUUUAACUGAAGCAAUGGGUUAUUCUGUAUAGACAAGAUGUAGGCAUUCCGUUUAUUCAUACUGUGCCCCUCUGGAGACCUACAAUAAACCUACUGAUUUUUUUUUAAGCUCUUAUUUUAGAAAGAUCUGUGUGUUCCUGAUAUUUUAAUCACUAAAGAUUACUUGAUCAGCUACAACGUGCAGUGGUGACCCAUUAAAGGAUGAAGAUUGGUUGCA